AUGUCGCGGAGAUACGAUUCCCGAACGACCAUCUUCUCCCCAGAGGGCCGCCUUUACCAGGUCGAAUACGCGCUUGAAGCCAUCUCGCACGCCGGAACAGCAUUAGGCAUCUUGGCCCAGGAUGGCAUUGUACUGGCCGCAGAGCGAAAGGUCACCAGCAAGUUGUUGGAGCAGGACACAUCGGCCGAGAAGCUAUACAUCCUGAACGACAACAUGAUUUGUGCUGUUGCAGGAAUGACGGCCGACGCUAACAUCCUCAUCAACUACGCCCGUCAAGCCGCCCAACGUUAUCUCCUCACCUACAACGAAGACAUUCCCUGCGAGCAGCUCGUCCGCCGCUUAUGCGAUCUCAAGCAAGGUUACACGCAACACGGUGGUCUCCGACCAUUCGGUGUGUCCUUCAUCUACGCCGGUUGGGACCCGCAGCGACAGUUCCAGUUGUACCAGAGCAACCCUAGUGGCAACUACGGCGGCUGGAAGGCAACGAGCGUGGGUGCGAACAAUGCCUCUGCCCAGAGUCUGUUGAAGCAGGACUACAAGGAGGAUUGCAGUCUGAAGGAGGCAUGCGGGCUUGCUGUCAAGGUGCUGAGCAAGACAAUGGACUCGACUAAGCUAAGCAGCGAGAAGAUUGAAUUCGCGACAGUAGGAAAGACCAAGACUGGAAAGAUUUACCACCACCUCUGGGGAGCGGAUGAGAUCGAUGCUCUCCUCAAGGAGCAUGGCCUGGCCAAGGCUGAGGACACUGAAAUGUCCGAGUCAUGA